AUGGCCGACCACGUCCUCAAUUCAAGCGCCGAUGUUGCGUCGAGGGCUCUUGAUCUUCGUGCAGACUUAAAAGCCUGGGAGAAAGAGUUUGCGUCCACACAUGACGGUCGCAAAGCCGGUCGCGAGGAUAUCAAGAAACAUCCUCUCAUCGCCGCAAAAUAUAAGGAAUAUGGACGACUCAAGGCACUAGAGUCCUCUUUGAACCGGCGCGAGAACCGACAGGAAUCCGCCGACGCCCAGUCCAAAAAACGAAAACAUGGUUCUCCCACUGGACCAGACGCUGCGCAACCGCUUACGACGCCACGGAAGUCGGCCAAGGGCAUCUUUGCGACACCAUCUAACAAUCGCAGCAAGCAGGCUCACCAUGUCGACGAAUUCGUUUCCCCUUCGACAUUCCGCAAGUUAUUCAGCCCUAGCGCGCAUCGACAGAGUGCUCCAGCCCCAUCGCCUCUCAAGGCUGCAAUUGGACCGACACCGCAGCGUGAUGGGAAAGCCCUGGGCCUAUUCGACAUGCUCUCGGAGUCGGGAGGAAGCAGCGCGACACCGUCAGCAAAGAAACAAAGAGACUUCUUAGCGGCAGGGUUCCAAACACCUUCCAAAGCAAAGACAUUCGAACCUAUAGCAGAAGUUCCAGAAGAGGAAGAAGAGAGUACACGACUUUCUCGCACGCCUGCAUCCUCGACUAAGCAAUUCUACCUGGCCAAUCUGUUCGCAACACCCACUACCAUGCGCUACGCUGCUAUGGUCGAGAAUGACGACAAGAAAAUAGGACAAGAAAAUGCCCCUCCGAUAAUGGAGGCUGCAUCGCCAGAACCUAAUACCUCUGAGACACCAUCUUUCCUACGGCGAUCGAACUUUACUAGACUUCCACCUCCCACUUCCAAUGAUCAGGGCGUAGGACUCAGUCCUAUCGCCUCCCGCAAACCACUGCAAUUCGCAGGAAAGGGACUCUCGCAUUUGGUACAAGGCCUACGAGCGAUGGAGGAAGAGCGUGAUGAUGACGAGUGGGACAUGCUUCGGGAAAUCGAAGCAGAGCAUGAGGCAGCAAACCUCCAGGUCCCCCAGAGUCAAGCUGUACCGGAGAAUCACCGGCUAUAUAAAAAGAAAGGACAGAAGCGAACCACGCGAAGAGUCAUUAUGCGGCCAGUUGCGCCUCGGCCGAAACCUCGAUCGAAUCCCACGCUGGCGCCUGUCGAGGAAGGCGCAGAGAGUGAUGACGAGCUUGUUGCGGUUCCUGAAACUCAGCUCCCAGCGGGCUCCGAAGUGAUUGACGACACGUAUGAGAAGGAGGGAGACGCCGCCGACGAUGUGGCCUCUUUACAUACCAUCUCUGAUCCCGAAUCUGAUCCAGAACCCGAUGUUGAGUCAGACGAUGACCCGGAGUAUGGCGAGACAUCCAAGCCUUUGGCUCGGGCGAAGAGCUUCUCCGAGCGCAUCAAGGAGGCUGUUUCCAUGACCAAGCCUCAACCAAAGGAAGAGCCGGUGAAGGCACCGCCAGCUCCGGAGAAAGAAGAGAAGGCGCCCAAACCGCGGAUGAUCAAGGCCAACUCCCAGACUCAUACGAACUACCGGAGUCUGAAGAUCCAUCACCGAGGCGGGGGCCGUGGACGGUUCCGCAGGAGAUAG